CGGUAACUUCGUCAGUGUGCGAUGUUUACUAUUUUGUUCCUUAGUUAACUUGUCUUAAUAGCAGACUUUUCAGGGGCAUUUCUUGCUACAGCUGGGAUGAAGAGGUGCCCUCCCAGUGAUGCCUCCAGCCAUGUCUCAGAUCAAUGAUCCAAAGAUCGCCUUCGCCUAUCUGCGGCCAGCCUGUGUCCUGCUCACCAAGGAGCCCACGCUGGCCAACGUGGAAACACUUAAGGAGCAGUUAGAACAUGUCGAUGAAGCUUCACUGCAGCAGCUCCAAGAGUACGUCCUCUUCCCCCUCCGCUUUGUCCUCAAAGUCCCCGGGCAGAAAAAGGAAAAGCUGGUCCAGGCUGUGGCUGAAGCAGUGAGCCAUGUCCUGGAGAGGACUUGUGUCCAAAGCUGGGACACCCUCCAUGACCUCUUCUCAGAGCUCUGCCUCUGCCUGUCCUCCCCCACAGACCCGGGGAAACCUGCAGAAACAUCAGAGGAGCUGAAGUUAGCUGUUCUAAGGUGCUUGGAUGCUCUGCUCCACUCUGCGUAUGGCGACAUAGUCUUCAGACUCUAUGAGCCCAUGAUGCUUCCUGGGCUGGGCGCUGCUGUAUCACUGCUGCUGGCUUUAGGAGAAAAGGACAAAUCCAGAGAUAUACAGGCCGCGGCCUUGAAGUGCCUCCAGUCUUUGGUUCUGCACUGUAACUGCUCUCAGGAGCAUGUUGUCCCGUCAUCGGAUGAGCGACGCUGUGUGGGUGGCACCAUGGCUUCCUUCCUACCGGGGAUCACUGUGGCUGUAGCAAGGAUCAUCAGCGGAGAUCUGAGGCAAGGUCAUGCAGUGACAGUCAAGGCCAUGAAGGUUUGGUCCGGGUCAGUGGGGCUGGUCAUGGAGGAUUCCCAUCUGCAGAGCACUGAGUCCGGUAAACCUCCUCCCCCAGACCUGGGUAGGAUCACGCAGCUCAUGGUCCAGAGGACGCCAGACUGGGUGAAGGGAACAGCAAGGAAGCUGUGUGUGCUGCUGAAGAAGAUCAUCUCCUGCACUUCAGCCCACGAGCACUGGAAGGUCAGGCUGGAAAUGGUGGAGCUGGCCGACCAUCUGCUGGCAGCGUGCGGCCAGUCGCUGAAAGAGUGUGUGGGGCCGCUCCUGGAAGCCCUGGUGGGAGCGAUAAACGAUAAAGAGCCCAGAGUCAGAGAGAGGUGUGAGGUUGCUCUUAGAGACGUUUCACAGAGGAAUCAGAGCAGCACAGACAGUAAGAACUUGACUGAUGUGUUGUCUGAGAACCUUCACUCAUUAGCCACCUCCCUCCCUCGGCUGAUGAGGACCUCUGACGACCAGAAGAAGCUGUUUGUCCUCAAUGUGUUCCUUGGUUACCUGAAAGUCCUCGGGCCACUAGUCUCUGUGGUGCUAAACUCUGCUGCACACCUGGACAGGAUCUCCAAAGCACUAAUGCAGGUUCUGGAGCUGGAUGUGAUGGAUGUUCAUAUCGUGGAGGAAAGGAGCUACACUGACCCCAUAGAGAGCACCUCCGGCCCCCAUGACUCCUCCACCGCUCACACUCAGAGGAAGCAUUUCCUGUACUUCACAGAUGAGAAGAUCUUCUGCGUGCUCAUGGAAAUCUGCAGAACUUUAGGUUACUACGGCAACCUCUACCUUCUCACUGAUCACCUCUUGGACCUGUAUCGACAAUCCUCAGCCUACAGAAAGCAGGCUGCCAUGGUCCUAAAUGAGAUGGUCAGAGGCGCCGCUGGUAUGGCGGUGCAGGCUCGCCAUUUGGAUGGCGGUGAAUUCCAGGGUCACCCUGCUUCCAAUGAAGACCUUAAAGCAGCAGUGGUGUCGAUCAUGGAGGAAUACACCAGCCUAAACAACUGGCACCUGAUAACCGUGAGCGAGGAGACGGACAUAGACCGUCAGGAUCAGCAGGUGCUGAGUCCUUUCAGUCUCAAGUCCAUAACCAGCAGUGAAAUCUUCAGCAGUGCUUCAAACUCUCUACAAGUGAUUCCUUCUUCCUCCACCUCUCCUCCAACCUCAUCAUCCACGUCUACCCUCCACCAGCUCAACAGCAACAUCUGGCAGCUGUGCAUCCAGCUGGAGGGCGUGGCGUGCUUCGCCCAGGCUCUGCGGCGGGACUUCCGCCCUCUGCUGAUGACGUCGCUCUACCCGGUUCUGGAAAAAGCCGGCGAGGAGACCCUGUUGGUCAGCCAGGCGGCGCUCAGCACCAUGAUUGACCUGAGCGAGGCCUGUGGCUACUCCUCCCUGAAGGAGCUGAUCAGCGACAAUUCGGACUACCUGCUAAAUGACGUAUCGGUGAACCUGCAGAGGCUCAGUCAACACCCUCAGGCUCCACGGGUAUUAAUGGUGAUGCUGGCUCACUCGGACUGUAACCUGCUGCCCCUGAUCAGGGACGUAGUGCAGGAUGUACUGAUGGCUCUGGAUCUCAGUUAUGACCACACAGCUCCUCUCUUUAUAUCUGUACUGCACACGCUCAUUAAGGCACUGGCCAGGUGGUUUCCUCCAUCACACCAUAGGACCACUAAGUCGCCCAGUUUCAGGGCUUCUGCUGAACAGGAAGAUUUCGACAUUUGCCAGUUCCUGCUGGAUUACCGCAAGCAGAAGGAGUUAGCAGAGGGAGUUGGGAUUGAAGUGGAUGAGGAUGAAGACCUCGAGGUCCCUCCUCCUGCAGAAUGUGACGAUGCUGAGGAUCCCGGUGGUCCUGAUGUGAAAGCAGAACUUCCAUCACACCUCAGCAUCACUAAAGAGGUCAUGGAGCGCUGCAUUCACCUGCUGUCCGACCCGAGCCUCAGGCUUCGACUUAAGGUGCUGGAUGUGCUGGAGCAGUGCGUGUUUGUGCUGAGUGAGAAGGAGGACGAGCUGCUGCCCAUGGCUCAUCGCUGCUGGCCGGCCCUGCUUCAGAGACUCACUGAUGACCCAUUAGCAGUGCUCAGAGCCUUCAGGGUGCUUUGUACACUGGGAGAAACCUGCGGUGACUUCCUGAGGAGGAGGGUUUCUAAAGAGGUCCUCCCCAAGCUGAGCUCCUCAUUGACACGGCAGGCUCCCAUUAGCGCCAAGGCCGGGCCCGUCUACACCCACACCCUGGCCUACAAACUGCAGCUGGCUGUGCUGCAGGGGCUGGGCUCAUUGUGUCAGAGACUGGAUCUAGCUGAGGCAGACCUUGAUGCUGUCUGUGAAGCCUGUCUGCCCUACCUGAGCUGCAGGCAGCCCAUCAAACUGCAAGAAGCUUGUCUAAGCGUUUUUCGACACUUAAUCCAGGUGGAUCCAGAUACCUUUUGGUUAACGUUAAAUGAGAUCCACUGCCCUUCUUCCUACACCCCGCCGCACCCUGAUCUCCAGCCUCUGCAGCUGAGCGGGAUGGGCAAGCCAAGAGAUGAGUACUCAGACAACGUACUGAAGCUGCUGAGGGAAGAGUUUGGCUCAGACUCAGACAGAUAACCAGCUAAUCCAGUAUAAAGCUAUUUAUUGUGCAAACAUAUUUAUGUAUUGUACAUACAUUUGAAGUCAGAGAAAAAUGCCUAACUGCAGCUGCUGAUUAUUUUUUGUCUUUCAUAAAUGUGAAAUAAACGUCACGCUCCUUCAGAGUUUUAAAUAAUUCACAAAGGAUGUUCUAUCUCACCUUAACCUUAGGCAUUGGCUCCAAUUGAUUCAAACCAUACAUUCACACAGCUUUAAAUGUAAAGAAUGAGUGCUUUUCUCUAUCAAUACCAGGCACAAUGUUUAUUUUUAGGCCAGGUAUAAAAAUGUAUGUCCUGCAAGACACAAUGUAAAGCUCAUGCUUUAAUAUGUUUCCUCUACUUAGUCCAACAGAAGCAAAUCAAAUAAACAUACCUGUGCUAACAAAUACUGCUUUAAGGGCUCGUUAUACUUGUCGCACAUACAAUCCACAUGAAAAACUUGCAAUUCUUGUUUGCUGCAUUAAUACUCUGUCCUCAGGAUUCUAUACCCUAAUGAUGACUAAGGCUGUACCCAUUUGUACCUUUGUAAAAUGUAUAUAUAAAUCCCUUUAUUGUCCCACAAUGGAGAAAUUCGUUCUUUGGCGGCUGCCAUCUAAAAUGUUCUUGCUCAUGUGGUCCUUUCAUUAGUCCUUUAUAGCCCCAUUUAAACUACCCUAUGAAAACCAAUUUGUGCCGAGCUUGGUUCCUUAUUACCAUUUACACCACAAGCUAGCAUGUUUCUUCGCCUCUGAGUGGCGAUCUAUGGUACUACUGCUCUCCAGAGGUAAACGGGCAAAUCAGCAUGGCGGCACCCAUAACAUUCAGAAAGAUAUGUUUUUUUUUAUCAUUGUGAUAUUUCUUUGAGAAGAGUCAGGCUAAGAAGGCAGCCUUUGGUGAAUUUACUUGCCAAGAGUCGGCCUUUGGGAAGUGGAUACGACAAAAGAUAGUCUAAUCCGGCUUACAGACGCAGGAAACAACGGACUUUGAGGCUCAUCACACUGCU